AUGAAACAUAAUUAUUAUAUUUUAUUUUUAAUAUUAAUAUCAAGUUUAUUUUUAUCAAAUAAAGUUGUUGAAUCAUAUGGACAUCGUAAUAAUAAUAAAGGUGGUGAUUCAAAGAUUUUAUUAAAAGAUGUUCAAGUUUUAACAUUAAGAUCAGGUGAAAUGACAAAAGCCCGAAGAUCUUCACCAAUCCAACAAAUGGAAUGUAUUGGUGGAACAGCAACAAAGGAAUUAGAACUUUAUCCAAAAACAAUACAAUGUUAUAAUAUGGGAUCAAAUGGUGUUGAUGUUCAAUGGAAAUGUGAAGCAACAUUAGAUUCAACAGUUAGAUUAGGUACUAUCGAUGUAAGUUGUGAAGGUUAUUCUUAUCCAGAAGAUCCUUAUAUCACUGCUGAUAGUUGUGGUGUAUUCUAUCAAUUAGAAUAUACAAAUGAACAAAGAAGAAAAGCAGCAUUAGCUGAAGAAGAAACAUCAUGGGUACAAAUCAUUUUUUGUAUUGCAUUUAUAGGUUUAAUUUUAUAUGCAGUAUUUAAUUGGUGUGGUUCACCUCAAGGUGAUGAUGAUAGUAAUACUGCUCAAAAUAAUACUGCAACUGAUAAUAAUUAUCCAGGUGGUUUCCCAGGUAAUAAUAAUAAUAAUAACAAUAAUAAUAACAAUAGUAAUAAUAACAACUAUGGUGGAAAUUAUCAAGGUUAUCCAAAUUUAAAUAACAAUAAUAAUGCAGGUGGUUGUGCUCAACCAAAUAAUGGCGGUGGUGGUGGUGGUGGUUGGUUUCAACCAGGUUUAUGGACAGGUUUAGCUUCUGGUUAUCUUUUUGGAAGAAUUCAUUCAAAUAGGAAUCAUCAUCAUUAUUAUAAUCCAUCACCUUCAUAUAAUAGACCUAGAAGUUCUUAUAGUAGUGGUAGUAGUGGUGGUAGUGGUAUAUCUUCAAGUUCUUCCUCUUAUUCUGGUACUUCAAGAAGAUAA